AUGAUAGGAGGACAAGCUUAUCCUCUACGUGCUUCGAUUGAUAUAGCACACCUUUAUAAAGGAUUUGCGCCAACUGCAGAUCAGUAUCGAUAUGCUUUAACAAAUUCAAACGGCGGUAACAUACUGGAGUCAACACAACGACAUCAGCCAGCAGGUAUCCGUUCAACGGGUAACGAAUUCUUUAAUAGAAGUCAUACCAUUUAUGAUGUUCCUUCGCUUCCUCAAGCUUACAACCCUAUCUAUCCUCCCCUUUCAAGCAACAUGAACCAGUCUAAUGAAAUUGUCACCAUUAUCUUGAAGGCAAAUGUGACGGGGCUCAAUGAAAUCUUGACCGAUCCACUGCGUGAACACGAGUAUACAGAAGUUUCCCAAAUGACCUACAUCGCUAAUAAAGAGAUCUUUACUUUUCAGCAUGCUGGUAUAAAGAAUAGUGGCAAAUCGACGAAAGAUUUUGCCAAGCAAUCUUUCAAACUAAAAUUGAAUCAGUUUGCUAAAACCAAAGAUAUGUUAUACGGUCGGACAACUUUUAAGUUGAGAGCUCAACAAACCGAUCCUUCGAUCAUUCGUGAGAAGCUGGCCUAUGAUUGCUUGGGAGCUGCCGGCGCUGCUACUCUACAAGGGCAUUUUGCUCGCCUUUUUAUCAAUGAAGAAGCUUUUGGUCUCUUCCUCAUGUCAGACGACAGUGGUAGUACUUUUAUCAAUGAUGUUCUACAUAGCGGUGAUCAGUCCUACGGAAAUACAGGGCCUACUUAUAAAGGCAAUGCUAUGUCACCUCAACUUGAAGGCAAUCUCGUUUAUAUAGAUGACUCAGUCGCAUCUUAUGACUCUGACGUUUACGACAUCGACGAUUACGGAAAUAUGAAGACCACUCUCAAUAAAACAAACCAGCUUGUUCCCUUGAUAGAAUUCAUGAAACAGCUGAGCUCUAUCGACUCUACUCGAGACAUCGACGUCAAUACUCGAGGCGCAUUAGAAAAACUUAUUCACUCUCCUCAGCAUCUCAUUCUUCAUAUGGCUGUGAACUUUUUAAUUGGAGCUACUGAUGGUUUUUGGCGACAAGCUAGUAAUUACUAUCUUCAACUCGAUACAGGCUCGCACCUCUGGACACUGAUCAGUUUCGACUUUGAUGAAACUUUCGGCCUCAACAUUGAGCGAUCCGUGGCCACUGAGCCAUAUACCAGCUAUUCUCGUCCCAACUCCCAAAGACCUCUCAUUGACGCUGUGCUCAAAUCCCCUUACUAUAAAGCCGAGUUUGAGAAAACGAUACAGACGCUUGUAAAAAGGUUUUUCAAACCGAGUGUCAUCAACCCUCGAUUGGAAGCUUUAGAAGCAAUGCUGCGUGAAGAUUUUGAGUGGGAUUUAGCAAUUCCUAGAAAAUCUCCUGGUGCUGUUCCUAUGUGGUCCCUUACAACCUUUGAGAAGAGCUUAAAGAAAACGGAUGAAGGCGAUGAGGCAAGUGUGGCGGAAUGGGUACAGCUGAGGGCGGUGUCUCUACAACAGCAAUUAAAGUUCUCUGACGUCGACGAUUUGCCACCUUUGGAGCCUUAUGUGAAUAAGUACGUUUGGGAUCCUAACCAUCCCGAUAAAAUAUCAUCGAGUAACGAAAAUGUUAAAACUUCUGUUGCCGUUCAGCCAUACAGUAAAUUGCCAGUCGUUGUGCUUGGAAGUAUUGCAAUGGUCAUAUUUAUUCAGGUCAUAAUCUAG